AUGAUGUUCUCAUCUACUCGGAAAACCUGUAACCACAUCAGAAGAAUGUCAGCAAUAUUAUCACCUUGCGAACACAGUAGGUGGGUUGGUUCUUGA